CGCGAUAUUUCCUGUUAGCGGCGGCCUGACCCUCAGCGUCUACUUGCCUGGCAACGACACCUGGGCAGGGAAAGAACAGUGCCCUGGCGAAAAAUCAUCAAACCUGAGUUAACUGACCCCGAUCUUCCCGCGAGCGAAUGCUGGGCAUAAAACAAUACCUAAACCUCCUUUAACAUGGUUUCAGAACAGAGCUAUUGCUGAGAAUUUGAUUUAUAGAGGAAUCAUGGUUCGACUGACCUUGGAUCUAAUUGCCAAAAACAGCAAUCUUAAACCCCGAAAAGAAACUACUUCACAAUACCUGAAGAAAAUAACACACGUAAAUUUUUCAGACAAAAAUAUAGAUGCAAUUGAAGACCUGUCUCUUUGCAAAAACCUUAGUGUUUUAUAUUUGUAUGAUAAUCGUAUUAGUCAAAUCUCUAAUUUGAAUUAUGCCACAAAUCUGACCCACCUGUAUCUACAAAACAAUUGUAUUUCAUGUAUAGAAAACCUCAGCUCAUUAAAGAAACUGGAAAAACUAUAUCUAGGAGGCAAUUACAUUGCUGUGAUAGAAGGUUUAGAAGGAUUGGAAGUACUAAGAGAGCUUCAUGUUGAGAGUCAGAGGCUUCCCCUUGGAGAAAAGCUUCUGUUUGAUCCAAGAACUCUUCAUUCUAUCGCAAAAUCCCUCUCCAUAUUGAAUAUCAGCAAUAAUAAUAUUGAUGACAUAAGAGACUUAGAAAUACUGGGGAAUCUUCAUCAGCUUAUAGCAGUUGACAACCAACUUCUGCAUGUGAAGGAUUUGGAGUUUUUACUGAACAAGUUGAUAAAGCUGUGGAAAAUGGAUCUAAACAGAAAUCCUGUUUGUCUCAAACCAAAAUACAGAGACAGACUGAUACUGGUAUCUGAAUCACUGGAAUUUCUUGAUGGAAAAGAAAUAAAAAAUAUGGAAAGACAAUUCCUAAUUAAUUGGAAAGCAUCCAAAGAUGCCAAGAAAAUCAGCAAGAAUAAGAACAGUAAAAUUGAGGAUGCAAGUAAAUCAUACAUAAGUAACUUUGAAGCAAUGCAUCACUUAGUUCCUGUUCAUUACCCCCAAGUGGGUAAACCAAAAUUAGUCUUUCUCUCUGAUAUACACAGACACCUUGCAAAUGACAAUAUAUCUCUGGAAAGCACUCAAGAAGAUAACCCUAAAAUUAUUGAAGAGACAAGAACUACCUGCUGAAGGCCAUGUGGGUUUGGCAUAAGACCCUCUUCUCAGGGUCCAGUCAAGGGACAGUGACUUAGCAUUCCUCAAUGGGGCCACCGAAGAAGACCCACGAACAGUGCCGUGCCUUCCUAUCCCCCUUCCCUGAGAGGUCACUUUGACUUGCCAGGAUGGAGGCUUAAGGGAGAGGGUUCUGUGAGCCUGGAAAAUGAUUUUUUAAGGGGAGGAGAAAAGAUAUGCAGGGAUUCCUACUUUUGGUCUUGCCUCCUUUCCGUUCCCACACACAAGAAAAUGGAAGUUUUGUGACAACUUGCUUUUCUGCCCAUGUCCAUUGUCAUUACUAUCAACAUCUUAGGCAGUUUGUCCACAGCACCUUGAUAGUUUCUUAAAAAUUUACACAACUAGUGUCAAUUCCACAAUAGUGUUCUUGAGUUUUGAAAGAUCUUUAGUAUAUCAUCAGGUAGAAAAGAAAACAAUAAAAAUGGAGAGCCUUAGAAAAAAAUGUUGGAAAAUUCCAUACAUUGCCACAAACACUAAAUUACAUCAAUUGUGAGCUAUGACAUAUACCACAUCUUCUAUAGCCACAAGCAAAGCUGUAAUCACUAGAACUGCAUCGGUGAAACUGCAAAUAUAUCACUCUCUCAUUUUCCUAACUAGGAACACUAAAUACAGAGCUAAAUGCCUUACCUACUAUAUACAGCAAACACAGGCUACCCUAAAAUAAGCCAGCAGAAUACAGAGGUUGGUUCUGUAAUAAGAACUUAGAGAAUGUCUUGCUUCUGCCACUGUCAGUGAAGUUGACUGUGUUCAGUACUGAGUCUUCAGUUUUACAAUGUGAACAAAAUUACAUAAGUAUUCUGUUUUAAAUGCUUUUUACUUCCUCAGGUAAUAUUUUUUACUGAGGUCACACCAAAAUCUCAUUUUGGUAUUGCAAAAGAUUUACCUUAUCAAAUGGGAAUAUCAGUUCUAACUCUAAUAAAAGGUGACCAAAUAUAUUACCAAAUUUCAUUAAGCUCUUGAUAUAGACAUUUAGGACAUGCUAUUGUUAACAUUUUACUAAUUUAGGAUAAAGCUAAGAGAUAAUAAUAAUAAAGGCAGAAGGUCAGUAAAGUGUUAAAAACAAAAUAUUCAGCCCAAACAAAAAGAAUAGAUUUUGAGUUUCUGAAAAGUUGACUAAAGCAAUUCCUUCCCUUACUUAAAGGAGGAAAAUGAGCUGGCAUCAGCAGACAUGUACCCGACAGUAUAUUUAAUAUUUGAAGUGGGGAGCCUGCUCAGCUGUAAAAAAUCUUAAGAGUGCUUCUUCCAAAAUGCUAAAAGUACAUGUCCCACACUCCUUUAAGGUUCUCCACAUUGGAAGCUGUGCUUGUAUCCUGUGUAGAACCAGUGAAGCAACAUCUGUCCAAUGACAGGGAAUGUUUUCCAACUCCUUUAUAAAUGUGUGCAGUCUGUGCUCAUGUAUAUUUACACAAGCCUGCUUUCCCUACAGGGAGGAAAAAGUCAGACUCAUUGACGUUGUUUUUGACCCUCAAACUGAACUUGAUACUAUCAAUGUACACUUUAAUUAAAGAUUAAUUCAAAACUGGUUUUUAUUUAAAGGCUGAUUCUGAACAAAUGCCUUCACUGUUCAAUUAAAAAUAACAGAUGGUAUUAAACCAAAAAAAUUACACAUUAUUGUUUCUGUGUUUGUCACAGUAAAUACUUCUGACAGCUGUUUCCUCUCUUUUCAAACAUGCUAGCAAGGAGGUGCUUGAGGCUUACUUUAAAAACAGACAUUAAAUGCAUUUAUAUAUUGUAAAUAAGAUCCACUGAGAAUACUGUAUAGCACUGUACAAUGAAAAAAGCAAAUUGUUACUCAAUUAUCUAUCUUUUUUAGCCAAAGUAAUGUCAAUAGAGUCAACCCAGCAAUUUUGUUAAUGUAAAAAUAAUAACUUUCUAGUUGGGUUAGAAUGUGUUUUUUUCAGAUACCUUUAAGGAAUGUGAACAAUUCCUUAAAUUUACAAUUCACAGGAAAUGUUCACUAUAUGUUAUUUAACUAUUUAUAAAAUACCUACUGCCCUUAAUUAGAAUAUGAAAGUAUUCAUUAAGUUUCAUACUGAGUUAAAAAGUGAACUUAUAAAAACAGUUAAGAAGUUAUUUUAAAAUAACUUGCUUUCACUACUGUUAUGUUUUAGCUGUUGUAGUAACAGAUCUCCUUUGCAUUUCAAGAAUUUUUUAAACUUAGAUAAUACUUUUACUCACAAAAUCCUGAGAUGCUCUGACAUAAACUCAUUUGCAGAGCUCUCGAUGCCUUUAAACCUAAUCUCAGUCUAGUUAAUUUUAUACACAAAAUAAAUUUGUAAGUAUCUGUAAUGUAGGUAUAAUGUUAAUAUUUUGAUUUAUAGUUAUCAAAGAACCCUUUUGAAAUUAGGACACCCAUGCCCCUGUCACAAAAAAAACAAUAAUGGUAAGCAACAUAGAGGUUUUUUUCAGGACAGCCUAAGCUAGCUUUUGUGACUUCUAGUCUCAACUCUGUCAACGGGUUACUCUGUGAACAAGAGUUCUCUGUAAUAUUUAAUUUAUAAAAACUAUAUUAUUUUUUAAUUUUAAAAUGUUUAUUUUGAAAGCUG